AUGGGGUUCGAACACAUUCAGCCUGGGCCUCCGGAUCCCAUGUACACUUUGAAGUACAAGGCCGACAAUGACACGAGCAGUGAAAAGGUCGAUCUAGGUGUGGGCAUCUACCGUGACGAGGAAGGCCACUACCAAGGUCUCGAGAGCGUGAAACAAGCCGAAUCGGAGCUCUUCAAGGCAGAUCCUGGCCAUGACUAUGAAAUGACAACCGGAAACCAAGACUUCCUUGCUCAGGCUUCACAGACAGUGUUUGGCAAGAAAUCCAUCGCUUUUGACAAGCUGACUGUUCCCCAGGUUGCAUCUGUCCAGACCAUUUCAGGGACUGGUGCUGUACACCUCGCCGCCUUGUUCAUUGCCCAAUGUAUGUCUUCCAAAACAGCCGUCUACGUCGGCGUGCCGACAUGGGGCAACUAUCGCCCGGCGAUGGAGCUCGUUGGGCUGCGACAACUGGAAUAUCCUUAUCUCGACGAGGAAACCCGCACAUUCGACCACGAGACUACACUUGAAGUAAUCCGCACUGCUGAGCCGUCGAGCGUAUUUGUGCUGCAAGCAUGUUGCCACAAUCCCACCGCAUGCGACCCGACACCAGCGCAAUGGGAAGAGAUUAUCGAACUGCUGCAUGCCGGCAAACACAUUCCACUCUUCGACAUGGCAUAUCAGGGGCUUGGCGAUGGUAUCGAUGAAGAUGCGUACGCCGUCCGCGCCGCUGCUCGAAAGGGUCUUAACAUGUUCGUGUGCCAGUCCUUCUCCAAGAACAUGGCGCUGUACGGCGAGCGUUGCGGCGCGCUGCAUGUCGCAUGCGAAAGCAGCGCGGUAGCUGCCAAUGUUCAUGACCGACUUCGAUGCCUCUUGCGAUGGGAGGUUUCUUCUGCGCCGAUUUAUGGCUCACGGCUCGCGAACAUUGUGUUGCAGAACGACGAGCUCAAGCAAACCUGGGAGGCCGAACUAGGCACUAUGCGGAAACGCCUCGGGCAGCUAAGGAGGCAGCUGUUCAUCCUUCUCACUGAGAAAUUCCAGACACCAGGCGAUUGGACACACAUUACUCGGGAGAAGGGCUUGUUCUCGUACCUAAAGAUAAGCCGAAAGCAAUGCAUAAUCCUCGUGGAUGAACACCACAUCUAUCUCCCAGAGAACGGAAGAAUCAAUGUCUCGGGUUUGAACUCCCAGAACGUGAUGCGAGUGGCCCAGGCAAUCGACAGCAUUGUUCGAGACGAACAAAGUAGUCACGUGGCUAUGGCAAAGACCAGGCUCUAG